ACAAUUUUAAAUACAAAAUGAUGAUACUAAAAACAAAUACUUUAAACUAAUCUCCAAAUUCACUUUUAACCAUUUUAUCCCAACUUUCUCCUUUCUCAAAGUGCUGCUUUCUCGAACUAAAUCAAGCUCUUAAUCUGCGCAUAUCAUUUGCUCAGAAACCAAAUUAUUUUCGGCCAAUUUCUGCUUGAUUUGGAUUUCUCUGCUGUUUGAGUGAACAAAGUCUGGCUGUUGGAGUGGUUUUAAGAAGUGGGUCCCUUUGGAGCUAUUUGCUUAUAUGAAGAGGGAGUGGUCCAAUGAGGGAUGAGGGUGACGGAGACGAGGAUUUAGUUGAACUUGAGAAGCAGACUUUGCUCAAUAUUGAUGGAAAAAGGGUUGAUAAUGGAACAACAGGGGAUAGGCACGGUGUAUUGGAAAAUGGGCAAUCGAGGCCCAAUCCAGCGGGACAAGAGAUGAAGGAUAAUGCUGUUGAGAGGGUAGUGCAGCAACCUCUGCAGUCACAAGGAAUUGCUGUUUGCUGGGAAAGGUUUCUUCAUGUGAGAUCAGUUCGGGUUCUCCUGGUGGAAAAUGAUGAUUCCACACGUCAUGUUGUUGCAGCAUUACUUCGAAAUUGCUGUUAUGAAGUUGUGGAAGCAUCAAACGGAUUACAAGCUUGGAAAAUUUUGGAAGAUAUAGAAAAUCGUAUUGACCUUGUCUUAACUGAGGUAGUGAUGCCUUGUGUUUCUGGCAUUGCUCUUCUAUUCAAAAUCAUGAGCCAUAAAUCACGGAAGAAUGUUCCUGUAGUCAUGAUGUCAUCUCAUGAUUCAAUGGGUUUAGUCUUUAAGUGUUUGUCAAAAGGUGCAGUGGACUUUUUAGUGAAGCCGAUACGAAAAAAUGAGCUGAAAAAUCUCUGGCAGCAUUUGUGGAGAAGAUGCCACAGCUCUUGCGGUAGUGGAAGUGAGAGUGGAACUCAGACUCAGAAGUCUGUGAAAUCCAAAAAUGCUGCAAAGUCGGGCAAUAAUAGCGGCAGCAAUGACGAAGAGUACAAUGGCAGCCCAGCCUUAAAUUUAGAAGAUGGAAGUGAUCAUGGGAGUGGCACUCAAAGUUCUUGGAGAAAACAAGCUGCAGAAGAUCAGGUUGAUAGCCCUCGACUGGUAUCUCAUUUGAAUGAGGUACCUGCAUGUCCUGAUAGUACUUGUGCCCAAGUAAUUAAUCCUAAUGCUAAACCAUCUGGGAGCAAGCUGUUAUCCAUGACUGCACCAAAGGAGUGCAUAGAGCAGAAACAACCGCCUGAAAUCACUGAACUAGGAAAAGGUCAGGAUAUCGCUAUGCUGAAAAAUUCAGAUCUGCAGCCAAAGUUGUCAGUUCAGAUCCCCACUGAAUUGACCUGUAUGGAUCAACACAGUGUACCCAAAGUAGACUCUAGCCAGUACGAUGAGCAAAUAGAUAACAGAGUGAGAGAGUUACAUGCAGGAAGUAACGAGUCAAUUGUGUGUGCUAUUGCAAAUAAGUUUACUAAGAAGCCUGACUCUAAUGACAAAGGAACCGGUGGGAACAAAGAGUUAUUAUCUACAGAUCAAGGUCUGAAGAGGCUUAGAGGUGCAUACGAUGUAGGGAAGGCAGUUCAGGAUGAAAGAAAUGUACUCAGACGUUCGGAAUCUUCAGCCUUCUCCAGGUACAAUGCCACAUUGCAUAAUAAGGUAUCUAUUGUGGAUGCACAAAGUCCAACUCCUCAUGAAACUGACCCGGAGAAAAAGAGCGAACGUAGACCCAACAUUCAAUCUCAUUCUGGAAGCAAUGCUCUGAAUCAUUGUUCAAAUGGUGCUAGUGUUUAUGUAGAUGUGAUGUCUACUUCAAACAAUAGUUUAAUUGACAUAAUUGCCUCAAAGAACAAGGCAGCUGAGCGUUCGACAAACAAUUAUAUGUCCCCUUCUUCUUUCCGAGAUACUGAAGACAACCAAGUAUCCUAUUCUCAGCAAGUGGUGCUUGAGAAUGCUGAUGUUGCAAAAGCAGUCAAAAUGGAUAUUCCUGCAGUGUGCUCAACUCAAGAGCUUCUGGUCCAGGCUUCCCAGCAUCAAGAGCUUACAUCAAAUUGUGAGAAUUUACUAAUCAAGAAAAUGGCAGAACCUAUUCCUCAUUGUGGUUCAUCUACUGUUUUGGGUGAUUACCUUGAAUGCAAUGCUUUAAACUAUAGUGUGAAUGGAAGUGCCUCAGGAAGCAAUUAUGGAAGCAAUGGACCAAAUGGAAGCAGCAGUGGUGCAAAUGCUGGUAUAAUGAAUAUGGAGAGUAAAAAUGGAGCAGGAGGUAAGAGUGGAAGCGGUGAUGCAAGUGGAAAUGGGAGUGGUCGUGGAAGUGGGAAUGUACAGAAUAGUGGAAGCAAGGUAGAUCACAGCAAGCUUGCCCAAAGAGAAACUGCCUUGACCAAGUUCCGGCAAAAGAGGAAAGAAAGAUGCUUUAAAAGGAAGGUGAGAUAGGAGAGCAGAAAAUGACUAGCUGAACAGCAACUGCCCUUCAGACAGCAAUAUGGGCUGCAGGCAUCUAUGGAAAAUUCCAGCCUUGACACCGAUUCUUGAUGUAUGCUUUGUAUAUUAAAAUUGGUUAUUGUCCUAUCCUUUGUGCAGAAAAAUAUAUUAAUUUAUUCAUUGUGGAGAAUUUCAUAUCUAGAUUUUACUCACUGAAGUUAUCAUUGUACUGCUUUACUGCUGUAUUGUUAUGUUUGAUACUUCAUAGGUAUACACCCAUUACUUUUUUUUUUUUGAAAGAGGUAUACACCCAUUACUUAAGCUUCCUGUAUGUAGGAACUUCUGAUAACAGUUGUGUCACGUAGAAGUAUUUUGAAUUUUUGAUGGUGCUGUUACUCCUGUCUUUGAGAAAUGAGUAAAAUGUCAAAGUAUUA